AUGGGGCAGAUUGUUUUGACCCCUUUGAAUCUGACUCUGAAAUACUGGACUGACAUAAAAACUAGGGCUCAUAAUUUGUCUGUUGAAAUUUUAAAAAGUAAAUGGGUAACUCUUUGUUCCACAGAAUGGCCAGCUUUUCAACUCGGGUGGCCUGCCGAAGGUUCCUUUUCCCCACCGCUGAUCUCAGCAGUAAAGAAAACAAAUUUUGGUUUCACUUCUAAGAGUCACCCAGACCAGGUCCCUUAUAUCAUUGUCUGGGAAGACCUGGUCAUGGACCCUCCUCUGUGGAUCCGUCCUUUUGUUCCCCUAACAGGUCCUUCGGCUGUGUUUGCUCUUCAAGAGAUGGAGAAAAAAUCGGAGAUCCUACCUCCCACCGAAUUGGACUUGCUUCUCCUAGACCCUCCUCCCCCUUAUCCCCCAUCCCUCUGCCCUCAGGCCGCCCGCCCAUCAGCGCUGCCAGAGGACCCACAAGAAGCAAGGGAAGGGCCUGCGCAGGGGACACGUAGUAAGGGAGCAGCCCCUGGAAGCUGUUCCCACCUUCCCUCUGGGGCUUAUAGCCCUCUUGAUGAAGAGGGCAACCAGCCCUUACAGUACUGGCCUUUCUCCUCUUCUGAUCUUUACAACUGGACAUCUCAGAAUCCCCCUUUCUCUGAAAACCCCCAGGGGCUCACUAACCUUGUAGAAUCCCUCCUCUUUACUCAUCAGCCCACCUGGGAUGACUGCCAGCAGCUCCUCCAGGUCCUGUUCACCACUGAAGAGAAACAAAAAAUCCUCCUGGAGGCUUGAAAGAAUGUUCCAGGAGACGAUGGGCGACCUACACUCCUCCCUACUGUUAUAGAUGCAGGAUUCUCGUUGACCAGACCAAACUGGGAUUUCAACUCGGCAGAAGGUAGGGAGCACCUGAAGGUCUAUUGCCAGGCUCUAAUGGCAGGUCUCUGAGGGGCAGGAAAACGCCUCACCAAUUUGACAAAGGUAAGAGGGGUAAUCCAGGGGCCCAGUGACUCUGCAUCAGCAUUUCUGGAGAGACUCAUGGAAGCAUUCCGCCAGUUUACCCCGUAUGAUCCUAGUAGUGAAGAGCACAAGGCUACAGUGACAGUUGCUUUUAUUGGCCAGUCUAGUAGAGACAUCAGGAGGAAACUGCAGAAGCUUGAAGGGUUACAAGAUAAGUCAUUAAAGGAAUUAGUGCAGGUGGCUGAAAAGGUCUAUCACAAUAGAGAGUCAGAAGAAGAAAAAGAAGAGAGAAAACAGAAAGAGCAGGAAGCUAAAGAGAUUAAAAGAGAAAAGCGCCAAGAAAAAAAUCUUCAUAAGAUUCUGGCCACUGUAGUUAGGGAGACUAGAAAAACUAGUAAGACAGUACCGGGCAACAAGAAGGAGCCCCUAGCAAAGGAUCAGUGUGCUUACUGCAAAGAGAAAGGACAUUGGGCUCAAAAAUGCUCCAAGAAAAAGAAAAAGCCUCAAGCCCCCAAAGUCUUGGCCCUGCAGGAAGACAGCUUGGGGGGACAGGGUUCGGACCCCCUCCCCAAACCCAGGGUAACCCUUACAGUGGAGGAGAAGCCUACUCAGUUCUUGGUAGAUACUGGGGCUCAGCAUUCAGUGUUACUGCAAACAGAUGGACCCCUUGAAUAAAAAUCAUGGGUGCAGGGAGCAACAGGGAACAGACAGUACCCAUGGACUACCCAAAGAACAGUGGACCUAGGCAUGGGCCGGGUAUCCCACUCGUUCAUUGUCAUUCCUGAGUGCUCCUACCCACUUCUAGGAAGAGACCUCCUCACCAAAAUGGGUGCUCAAAUCCACUUUGACCCCGAGGGACCUCAGGUGUUAAAUAAACAAGGAAAGCCUCUCCAGGUACUGACUCUCAGGCUGGAAGAUGAAUACCAAUUGUUUGAAAAGCAAGGGUGGGAAACCGGACAGAUGGACUGGUGGUUAGAGAAUUAUCCCCAGGUGUGGGCAGAAACUGCAGGGAUAGGAAAGGCUAAAAACCAGCCCCCCGUUAAUACAGAGCUGAAGGCUCAAGCUAGUCCUAUAGCUGUCCGACAAUACCCAAUGUUCCGAGAGGCACAUGAAGUCCAGAAACCUGAAACUAAUGAUUACCAGCCAGUCCAAGACCUCCGAGAGGUAAACAAACGUGUAGCCAACCUCCACACUACCAUUCCCAAUCCCUAUAAUCUUUUAAGUUCUUUGCCUCCAGACAGGACCUGGUACUCUGUAUUGGACCUCAAAGAUGCAUUCUUCUGCUUACCGCUGGCUGUAAAAAGCCAGGAUUACUUUGCCUUCGAGUGGAAAGAUCCAGAGACUGGAUCUUUCAGCCUAGCAGGGAAACUCACGUGGACUCGCCUGCCUCAAGGAUUCAAAAACUCCCCCACCAUCUUUGACGAGGCCCUCCACCAGGACUUGGCCAUGUUCCGGGCCUCUAACCCUCAGGUAACUCUGUUGCAGUAUGUAGAUGAUCUCCUCCUGGUAGCAGCUGACGAAGAACUGUGUCUGAAAGGAACAAAGCGUCUCCUUACAGAGUUGGGAGAACUGGGCUAUCGGGCCUCCACCAAAAAGGCUCAGAUCUGCAAGCGACAGAUACCUGGUUUUGCUGAGAUGGCAACCCCGUUAUAUCCCCUCACUAAAAACAGUCAGCCCUUCAAGUGGGGAAAAGAGGAACAACAGGCUUUUAACAACAUCAAGACAGCCUUGAUGUCCACACUGGCCCUAGGGCUCCCCAAUGUAACCAAGCCCUUCCACCUGUAUGUGGCAGAAAAUAAGGGGGUUGCAAAGGGGGUCCUAACUCAAAAACUGGGCCCCUGGAAAAGGCCUGUAGCAUAUCUGUCUAAAAAACUAGACCCUGUAGCAUCGGGGUGGCCAGCUUGUCUAAAGAUUAUAGCAGCAGUCGCAGUUCUGGUAAAAGAUGCUGAUAAGUUGACUAUGGGACAGAGUUUGGUAAUCUCGGCACCUCAUGCUUUAGAGAGUGUUGUCUGCCAUCCCCCGACCGCUGGCUCACAAAUGCUCAUAUGA